GAAGACCUUCGCAGCCGAUCUCAGCGCAUUGACGAUAAGCUCGUUGGUGGCGGGGAUGACGAAGUUGAUCACAUGUGGAUCCCCGCCUGUGGAGGGCCCUUCCUUAUGGCUGCCUGAUUUCUUCCCUGCCAGAUCCCCCAGGCACCAACAACCCAGGCCAGGUCCCGGACACACCACGUGAUGCUGUCCCGAAAGAGUCGAUGCUCGCCGGUCCGCGAAACAAUUUUUGGGAAUCCAGUCUCCGACCAGUCUACAGUAAACCCCCAUCCCCUGUGGACCUCAAUGGCUGCCAGUGAACCCUCCAGAUACCUGGCAAGGUCAUUGCCACGGGCCUUUGCGCCCUCUUCGCGGGCUCCGGCCCUCUGCUGGCGUCGCAAUGCCUCCGAUCAAGCGUCGACGAGAUCUCCGUCCGCCGUUAUCAACGACCUGGAGUCGACCACUCUAUCCACCCCUCUGUCGGAGGACACGGUGAAGUCCUUCAAUCCUCUCGAAAGAGCCAGAGCACGCAAGACGCAACUACCUCGGAGUCGUUAUCAAUUCCGCUCGCCCAAAUACGACCGUGGUCCUCUUCACCCUCACCGGCCCCCUCCGCCCUCUGAUCCCUCCUCUCGACUCUUCGUCCCCGGCCCCUUCUCCCUUCCCCGUGUCGCACAGACCUGGCAAUCCACCGUCGCACCGGACCUCCUCACCCUCCUCUACGUCCACAACCCCCCGGGAUUCAAGCCUCCGCCGAAGGCUCCCCGUCUCCGUUCAUGGGAUGACAGCUCCCCGUACCACAAGAAUCGAUCUCUCCGUGGCCCUCGUGGCGGUGACGUUCUCCGCCUCCUCCGCAAACCGAUCACCUUCAACAACAUCCCCAAGAUCGAGCGCAUUACUCUCCACAGUUACGUCAAGCAGGCUGCCCAGUACGACUCAUCAUGGCUGCAUGUCGCCGGUAUGGCCCUGCAGGCCGUGACCAACGUCAAGGUCGAGACCUUCAAGUCCAAGACUAGCGUUGCCCAGUGGCACAUCGCCCCCGGUCGUGAUACCGUUGCCGCCAAGGCCGAGCUGCGCGGUGAGAACAUGCUGCAUUUCUUCGGAAAGCUGGUCGAUGUUGUCAUGCCCAGACUCAAGGAUUGGCAGGGUGUGAAGGGUAGCAGUGGUGACAGCAGUGGUAACAUCACUUUCGGUCUUGAGCCUGAGGAGAUGGCUCUGUUCCCGGAGAUUGAAGUGAACUAUGAUAUGUACCCCCCCAAAAUGAUCCCCGGUUGCCACAUCACCAUCCACACCAGCGCCAACACCGACAAGGACGCCCGUCUUCUGCUCAGCGCCAUGGGUGUUCCCUUCUACGGCAAGCUUGUCAACUGAAGAAAAAAAUCCAUAACAUAUCAGGUGUUAGGAAAUUGGUAUUCGGCAAUCAACUGACGGCCAUUGUCCUUUCUUCCCCCAUUACCAUCACCUCACUCACACCUUUGUUGAUUUGAGCAAACAUCUUCCUCCUUGAAUAUGUAACAUGAAAGGAUAGUACCUAUAUCUGUGGUGUUAUUAGUAUUAUUAUUGCUGCUGCUGUUGUUGUUAGAAUCAUCUAUGUAAAAUACGCUCUGUUUUUGGUAUUAUAAAACUUCAUAUGCAC